ACCUAAAUAUUACCUGUUCCCUCUCGCCUGGAGAAGGCCCAAAUUAUAGCACUCAGGGAAUCAGGCUGCAGGCAGUAAAUUCCAGUCCAUAGUUCGCUGCCGUUCGCCAUAUAAUUGUGAAAACGAAACGCUGCGUGCGUAUCCUUGGAAUAUCCACAACAUAGGGGUGGAACCACGGUGGAACCCCUGCCUACGUCUAGUCCCUCUAUGAUGGAAAUGGGGAAGGCGAAAUUAAUUUAAUUCCAUCACACACUCUCCGUGUCGCACCCUGUAGGAAACCGACAAACAGGAGAUUUUACGGCAGUUGUCGAGGCUCUGCAACUUCAGGUUCGAAAUGGCGCGAAAGGAAUUAAUGGUUCGGUGCUUGACGGAGGCCGACGAUUAUAAAUGCCCAUUAUCUGAGGAGACCCAGGGCAUCGCUGAGGAAGAACUGCGUGAGACUAAAAGCGCGCGGUCUCAAGCUCUCUCGGCUAUACGCAACUGGAUGCAGCAGAAUCCAAAAUUUAAGGCCGUCAGGAUGGAUGCAAAUUUUUUAUUGCGUUUCCUCCGCACUAAGAAAUUCAGUGUGCCUAUGGCACAGGAGGCGAUGGAGAGAUACGUUCUGCUUAGACAGUCUUGGGGGAUAGCUUUCAACCAGCUCGACUAUAAAUUGCCAGUCAUGAUGGAACUUAUCGACUUGGGGUACAUUUUUGUGAGUCCAUUCAAAGAUAAGGGCGGCCGGCGAGUAAUCAUUUACAGGCCUGGCGUUUUUGAUCCCUACAAGUAUACAAAUCAAGACAUGUGCCGUGUUAUGGGAAUCUGCUACGAGACCCUAAUGGAGGACGAGGAGUCGCAGGUCCGUGGCCUUGUCCACUUUGCUGACGGGUCGGGAGUCAGUUUUCCUCAUCUCACGCUGUUCACACCUAAAGAGGCCGUCCGCAUUGUUAAAAAUGGCGAGCGAACCAUUCCCAUGAGACAUAAAGAAAUCUACGGAGUAAAUGUCCACCCCACUAUAAAAUUCGCGUUAGACUUUGGUAUGGCACUGAUUUCGGAGAAAAUUAGGAAACGAGUGCGUCUUUACACCUCUCCGACCGAAGUAGAAAUCGACAAAUCAUUACUCCCACAAGAGUAUGGUGGUGUAAUGCCAAUGAGGGAGAUGAUUGAAUUAUGGAAAGAAGAGCUAGCGAUGAAGCGCGACAUUUUGUUAUUGGGCGACAAAAUGGCGGUCCGAUUGGAAAUGUACAGUGAAGCCGCGCGAGAAGGCGCCAUUUCAGUUCUACGCGCUGGUGCCAAUACGUGCGCGGGCACCGACGCCGUCGGCGACGCCAUGCGUGGACUGACGGGCAAUUUCAGAAAACUCGAAGUUGAUUGACUAAAAACUCGAAAAUGCAAGCGUGUAAAUUAGACUAAACACCAUGUUAAGUAAUCUUCCAUUUUAAAUUUAGACUGAAAAGUAGUAUUAGGUAAACGCGUUAAAAACGUCGACUAAGUAUUAUAGUAUAUUUAAUUUCUGUAUUAUACUUUCGGUGAUUGUUCUUACUCAUAAUCAUUUACCACGUGUAAUGUUAUUCUAAUUCUGUAGUAUUUAAGUUGGUGUAAUUAACGAUUGCGCAUUUUUUGCGGUGGUAAUAAAA